AUGGAGCUUCGUGUUGUCGGCGUACCGACCAAGAGACACCGCAGCCUUGGAGAGGACCGGGCAGGGGGCAGUUGCGAACCGGCAGAGGGCGCGAUGGGGCGGCGGCCGGAGCGGAGUUACCCUCCAUUUCUUCGAGCCCGGCGAUGGAACUUCGCGUCGUCGGCGGAUCGGCCAGGGGACACCGCGACCUUGGAGCGGACUUGGCAGGGGGCAGCUGGGGACCGGCCAGGGAGGCGCGAUGGGGUGGCGGCCGGCCUCGGGGCACCGCCAACGGGGCGCAUUACGAACUCCAGGCCGGAGGCGCUGCGCGAGGCUGGCGGCCAGCGGAGGAACCCCGCUGUUGUGGCAUUGCAGAGCGCGGUCGCGGUGGGGCACGAUUGUGGCGCUACGGUGGAGAGCCUUACGAAGAAUGGAGAUAGGAGGAUAUGGUUAGAGACAAGUAAACAAGAAAGAUAUGACUGUUGA